AUGACAAAAACCUAUAAUGAUAUCGAAGCAGUAACCCAACUAUUAGCCGAAAAAGAAAAAGAUUUGGAGCUAACAGCGCGCAUUGGCAAAGAACUUUUGACUGGCAACCAGACGCUUGAAGCUAGGGUGGGAUUGCUUGAGACAGAGUUGAAGACUGUCAAUGAGCGUUACACACAGGCUUCGUACGAAUUACAGAAAAAAAACGACCUCAUCAAAAUACUCAGUAACGAUGCUGAUGAAACUGGCUAUGAAGCGAAUGAUGAUGCAGUUGAAAACGAAAAGUAUUACGGCGUCAGUGUCGGUUAUUUGCAAUCACGACUCAAAAAUCUGGAAGACGAGAACCGUAGCUUGCGUGGUGAGGCAAACAGACUUGCAAUGGAAACCGACGAGGUAGAAGCUAAGGAAGCACAACUAAUGUCUGACUUUGCAUCUCAACUCAGUGUCACAAGGUCUGACCUGUCCGUCAUCAUGGAACAAGCAGACAAGCAUAGGGACGAGAAUGUAACGCUGCACAACAACUGCGAGUUCUUACGCUCAAAGUUGUCCAGCAUUGAGACUUCGUUAAAAAUUAAAAAUGAUGAGAAUGAAGAACUUAUGGCCAUGUUGAUGUUGGCAAGGGACACGCAAAAUGAGUUAGCAUCUGAAAUUGUCGAAGUGAAAAAACAAUACGAAGAAGUACUUACCAUGCUUCAUGAAUGUCAAACCGAACUCAAAGGAUAUAGGGACAAACACAUACCACUAGCUCGAGCUGGCCCUCUAUUCACGUCUCUUCCGCCAUACUUGAACUCGAAUGGGUUGCACAGCCAUGGCCAUAGCUCGUUGGAGAGUUCAUUGUUUUCUGAACUCAGUCUGGAUUCAGGAAUAUGUACAGGACGAAUGUCUGGGGCGAGUAGUUAUAAGAAGUCUAUAGGAAUGAUGAAGUUAACGUCAGCUAUGGAAACAAGCACAAGAAACUUGUCCAGGCAAACAGCAUACAACGAUCUUACUGAGGAAUCUCCUACUCAUAGUGAUUGCGAUGAUUUCUCUGACACCGAUUCAUUUAUUAUUGAACAACCUGGUAUACCUGGUGCUCCUGGAUCUGAAGAUUUAGCCAAUGCCUUGAAACGUCUAACCCCAGCAUCGAUAAAAGCUCGACGCGCAGCAUUGGGAUCUGGUUUCAUGUUUGCUGAUCCUUAUGAUUCAGCCGAUACAAGAACCCCCGACUCAAUUAUGUCUACUGGUAGCAUAAGUUUGACAACUUGGAAAACACCAAAUAAACUACAGUUGGUUAAACCCAUGCAAGGUUCAUUUACGCUACAACAGUGGAAUGCUCAAUCGGUUCCAUCUCUCAGCUCUAUUCUGGAAGAACAACCUCAAGGUGUGAUCAAAAAGAGUGAUUCAACUGCUCCUAUAGCAGGGCUCCCUCAAACUUUUAGACUCGAUGAAAUUGAAGAAGAUGAACCUAGAACACACCCUGGAAAAAUGUUUCAAAUGUCCACCCACAUCACUACUAUUACCAACUCCAGGGUCAUGCAUCCAGAUGAUGGUACAAGUGUUACAACCAGUGUUCGAGCUAGUGCCAUGUCAACUGCAGUAAAUAGCUGCGCCAAUAGUCGAGUGCCCACCAGAGAGACUACACCCAUGUUAUCUAGGAGAAAUUCAACUACAACAUUUUCUACUAACUGUGGAUUGGCAGCUAUGUUAAAUGAAAGGGGUAUUAGAGCAAUCACACCUUCUGCCCUAGCAACACCUAUGUUUUCUACAACAGCCACACCUUGUAACAGUCCUUAUGGAUCGCCUGGUGGGUCCCCCGAUCGUUCUCGUUCACCUUCACCAUCAGAUUCUCCUUACUCACAUCCAUUUGGAUUACCUGGAUAUUUGAUGCACAGUGGUGCCAAAUUGUUAAGAAAGACUCUAACAGGCACUGAAAGAGGAACUGAACACCACAAGUCUCGCAAAUCAAAAUCACUUAUAAGGCCAGACAAAAAGACGUUGGCUGGUAUACGACUUGUAGAGACAAUGAAACACUAUAUACCAACUGUUCCACCAGAUAUGUCUGGUCAUCCUGUAUUCGACAUAGGAGACUGUGUUCCCCCUAAACCUGAAAAUGGUGCAUUGCAACGACGACUAAAACAAUUGGAUAGUGGCAAUGAUAGUGGCGGCCCCAGACUUCGUAUGGACUUGGGUACAGUAGGUUCAUCUGCAAAUGAUCCUCAGCCUUCGCGAGGGACACUCAUCAGUUCCAUGUUUUUUGCUCGUAAAGGAGGGUUACUAUAA